AUGCUGCUAAUUUGGACACUCUCAAUGCUGCUGGGAGCAGUGGCAGGGAAAGAAAUCUGCUUCCCGAGGCUUGGCUGCUUCAGCGAUGAUGCCCCGUGGGCAGGGAUUGUGGAAAGACCCCUCAAAAUCUUGCCCUGGGCUCCAAAAGACGUCAACACCCGCUUCCUCAUGUACACCAACGAGAACCCAAACAACUUCCAAGUAAGAGCGCCCCUGGAAAUAGUUGCAGAUCCAGAAAUUAUUGGAGGCUCCAAUUUCAGAGCAGAUAGAAAAACACGCUUCAUUAUUCAUGGAUUCGUAGAUAAGGGAGAAGAAAACUGGCUGUCCAACAUGUGCAGGAACCUGUUUCAGGUGGAAAGUGUGAACUGCAUCUGUGUGGACUGGAAAAGCGGGUCCCGAACUGGAUACACGCAGGCCUCACAGAACAUCCGGGUGGUGGGGGCAGAAGUGGCCUACUUCGUGGAAGUUCUUCAGUCCUCCUUUGGGUACUCCCCUUCAGAGGUCCAUAUCAUUGGCCACAGCCUUGGGGCCCAUGCUGCCGCGGAGGCUGGACGGAGAUUCAAUGGGACCAUUGCACGCAUCACAGGAUUGGACCCAGCUGAACCUUGCUUUGAAGGUACACCAGAAUUAGUCCGAUUGGACCCCAGUGACGCCAUGUUUGUGGAUGUCAUCCACACAGACGCUGCCCCCGUGAUCCCCAACAUGGGGUUCGGAAUGACCCAACCCGUGGGCCACCUGGAUUUCUUCCCAAACGGAGGGAAAGAAAUGCCCGGAUGUCAGAAGAACAUAGUCUCUCAGAUUGUGGACAUAGAAGGGAUCUGGGAAGGAACGCGUGACUUCGUGGCCUGCAAUCACCUGAGAAGCUACAAGUAUUAUUCUGACAGCAUCGUCACCCCUGACGGCUUUGCUGGCUUCUUUUGUGCCUCUUACAAUCUUUUCACUGCAAAUAAGUGCUUCCCCUGUCCAGAAGAAGGCUGCCCACAGAUGGGUCAUUAUGCUGACAGGUUUCCUGGGAAAACCGAUGGAGUGGACAGGAAAUUUUAUCUAAACACUGGUGAUGCCAGUAAUUUUGCCCGCUGGAGGUAUAAGGUAUCUGUCACACUUUCAGGAAAGAAAGUUAGAGGCAAAGUGCUAGUGUCUUUGUUUGGAAGCAAAGGAAAUUCUAAGCAGUAUGAAAUUUUCAAGGGCUCUCUCCAACCUACCUACACUCAUUCCAAUGAAAUUGACUCCGAUGUGAAUGUUGGGGACCUGCAGAAGGUUAAGUUUAUUUGGACUAACAAUGUGAUCAACCCAACUCUACCUAGAGUGGGAGCGUCUAGGAUUAUCGUGGAGAGAAAUGAUGGAAAAGUGUACAACUUCUGCAGUCAAGAGACCGUGAGGGAGGAGAUUCUGCUCACCCUCAGCCCCUGUUAGGAGCCUGCAGACCUGUGACCAUCG